AGAAGGAUUCCAUUGAAGAGUUGGGUGAUGAUGGAACCCAAAACAAGCCUGAAGAGAUUGUUGAUUCAGGUACAAGUGCCAAAUCAGAAUACGAAAACAUAUUGCCUGACUUUCCAUCAUUAUCCUCCAAUAUUAUAGCUGCUAGUGGCUCUUCUAACACUAUAGGCAACAUUGAUACCAAUAAAUUUAUGCUUGAUAAUAUAGAGAAUAAUAAUGCUCUUGAAUAUUCUUCUAUGUUAAAUUCUUUUACACCAUUAAAUGUUAUUCAAGAUACAUGGUGCAAUAACUUUUCCAAGAUCACAGGGUUGACUGAUCAAGAUAAAGACAAAUUCAAAUUAUUUUUCGAAAUUUGGCGAACUGCGAAAGCCUUGUUUCAAAAAAUCGGCGGUCUAACAGUUCUAGCAACAAAGAAAACCCUUCGAGGUGAAAAGCCAGACUUUAAAAUUGUGAAUAAGAAAAGAAGAACUAAAUGUCAUUAUAGUGAAACUGUUAAAGGAAUCACCAGGCCGGCUAUCAGGAGGCUUGCAUGCAAAGGAGGAAUAAAACGUAUUUCUGGACCGAUUUAUGAGGAUAUUCGUAAUACCUUGAAAAAUUUGUGA